AUGAUGGCUUCCCUCCGUGUAUUUGUUUGUCUGCUGGGACUGGUUGUCCUGUGCGACUCUUACUGCUUCUUUCAGGGUUUAGAGAUCAAAGAUCUGAACAACCCUCCAAAAGGGUGUGUGGAUAUGGAAGGAAAGAUGCGUAAUUUUGGCUCUGAAUGGGUGAAGGACUGCAAUGAAUGCUCUUGUACGGAGGAGGGUAUGAGCUGCUGUAGCCGGAUCCCCAGUGCAAGCACCGUCAACGUUCCUGAUGAGUGUGAGCUGCUUGUGGAUAAGGAGGCUUGCACUGCCAAAGUGGUGAUGAAGGCAGACAAGACAAGAGAGUGCAACCCUAACUGA